ACAACUAUUCAUUCUCCUUCCUACUUGCUUCUGCAACGCAACCGUUUUCACCAGCAAGUAAGAAGAAUACCACCACAACGCCACCAUAACCAGUCAUGCCAUCCGUGAAACCUGAAACCCUAACUCCGUCGUCCGAAACGAAGGUGAAGAAGACGAAGAGCAUCAUCACCUCCGAAACCGCCGGACUCGAAUCUUCAAAUAAAAAGAAGGAGAAAAAAGUGAAGAAAAAUAAAUCUACGGAAAAUUCAUCCGAUUCUGAAAAAUCUGACAAGAAAAUCAAGAGGAAACGUAAGGCUUCUUCGGAUACGGACAAUGACGAAGGUUCUGAAAUCGUUGAGCCUGUUAAUCUCGAGAUUGAGGAGGCUGUGAAGAAAAGUAAGAAGAAAAAAAUGAAGACGGUUGAGGUAGAUGUGAAGGAGGCUGGAAGUAAGGAAGAGGAUCCUAAUUCGGUUUCGAAUUUUAGGAUUUCUGAACCUUUGAAGAAUGCCUUGAAGGCUAAGGGAAUUGAGGCUUUGUUUCCUAUUCAAGCUCGGACUUUUGAUUCGAUCUUUGAUGGUCUGGAUUUGAUUGGGAAAGCUAAAACCGGUCAGGGUAAAACACUGGCUUUUAUUUUACCUAUAUUAGAGUCACUAAUAAAUGGGCCUGAGAAAGCAACAAGACGGACCGGAUAUGGCAGGGCGCCUACGAUUCUCGUGCUUUUGCCGACCAGAGAAUUAGCAAAACAGGUAUAUACCGAUUUUAAAUACUAUGGUGAGGCUGUGGGUCUGACUUCAUGUUGUUUGUAUGGUGGAGGUGGAGCAUCCAUUUCUCCUCAAACCGUACAGUUGAAAAGAGGGGUGGAUAUUGUUGUCGGAGCAGUCGGUCGUGUUAAGGAUCACAUUGAGAGAGGGAAUCUUGACUUAUGCUCAUUGAAAUUCCGUAUCCUUGACGAAGCUGAUGAAAUGUUGAGGCAAGGUUUUGUUGAAGAUGUUGAAUAUAUUUUAGGCAAGGUGAAUGAUGCUACCAAAGUUCAGACAGUUCUAUUUAGCGCAACGUUACCAGCUUGGGUGAAUCAUAUUGCAUCAAAGUUUUUGAAACCAAACAAGAAGAUUGUGGAUCUUGUAGGCGUUCAGGUAAUGAAGGCUAGUGAAAGUGUGAGGCACAUCAUCAUGCCUUGCUCUUGGUCCGCCAGGUCCCAGGUCAUUCCCGAUAUUAUCCGCCAUCAUAGUAGUGGAGGUCGCACGAUUGUUUUCACCGAGACAAAGGAUUAUUGUUCCGAACUUUCUGGACUGCUGCCCGGAGCCCGUCCUCUGCAUGGGGACAUUCAGCAGUCUGUGCGUGAGGCAACGCUAGCGGGAUUCCGAACAGGCAAGUUCAUGACACUAGUCGCCACAAACGUGGCUGCACGAGGACUGGACAUUAAUGAUGUUCAGUUGAUCAUCCAGUGUGAACCACCACGUGACGUUGAAGACUAUAUUCAUCGAUCUGGGAGAACAGGAAGAGCAGGAAAAUCUGGUGUUGCUAUUACACUUUAUGAGCCAAGAAAGGCGAAUAUUUCAAAAUUAGAGAGAGAAGCCGGUGUGAAAUUUGAACACAUAUCGGCUCCUCAACCAGCUGAUAUUGCUAAAGCUGCUGGUGGUGAUGCUGCAGAAGCUAUAAUUCAAGUUGCUGAUAGCGUGAUCCCUGUCUUCAAGUCAGCUGCGGAGGAGUUGUUAAAUUCUUCUGGAUUAACACCAGUAGAACUGCUUGCUAAGGCGCUUGCCAAGAGUAUCGGAUAUACUGAAAUUAAAAAGAGGUCACUUCUAACUUCUAUGGAGAACUAUGUGACACUACUACUUGAGGCUGGACGACCCGUUUACACACCUUCAUUUGCAUAUGGUGUUCUGAGGAGGUUUCUGCCUGAAGAGAAAGUUGAGUCGAUACAAGGUCUUGCACUUACGGCUGACCAAAGAGGUGCUGUCUUUGAUGUUGCCGAGGAAGACUUGAACACUUUCCUUACUGGCCAGGAGAAUGCGGCGGGUGUAAGUUUAGAGGUGGUAAAAGAACUACCACAGUUGCAAGAGAAAGAGCAGUCAAGGGGAAGAUUUGGAGGUGGCGGUGGUGGUGGAUUCUCACGGGGUCGUGGUGGCGGUGGUGGGUUCUCACGUGGAGGACGUGGUGGUGAUCGGCGGAACGAUAGAUUUUCUAGAGGUGGAGGCGGCGGUCGUGGUGGAUAUAGAAAAUGGUAAAGAGUUUCAUGCUAAUUGAUCCUGUGAGCAGUUUUGGUAUAAUGAAGAAUAUAAUGCCAUUGUGGCUGUUAGCCUCUUAGUCAUAUAGUUUUCUUGUAUUUGUUAUUCGUUUUUAUUUAUCUCACUUUAUAGUUAUAAAUCUAAUGGAGAUGUUAACAAUUGGAUAGUUGACGUUUCUGUUAUUUGUUAUCGAGUUGACCUAGGAGAUUGUUUGUGUAAGUCGCUUGAUCAAGUUGGUUUGACGUUUUCUUUAA